UCCCAGCCUGCGCUGCUGCUGCUCCACAGAGAAUGAUGGGAUAGUGGAGGACACACAGCAGAUUCUGCACACACUCUCUCUCACACACACACACUUCAUUUACACCAUUCUCUAUCUCUGUUCUUCUGUGUGUGUGUUUAGGCGCGCGCGCGUGAAUGUGUCAAAUGCGAGGCCGCGGCCGCGCGCGUUCCGCGUUCAGCACUGAAGAGGGUUUAAUUUGUUUAAACAACACACAUAUUCCCAUCACAGCUCAUUUACACGCUGUCCCUGAGCUCCUCAAACACACCACUGCAGUAUUAGUGGGAGCUACAUGAACACAACAUGGCAGUUUUGAGUAUUUUCCCGCUGCAGCGUCUUAAAUGCUUCUUUUAAAAUGUAUUUUUGUGGUUAAUUAAAGAUAGAAAUGUUGGCUAGAGCUGUAAUGUGCAACUGUUUCUCAAUAGGAAAGUGUUUAAAUUGUAAGUGUUAACUGUUAUGAGGUUGUUAAUGGAUUGUGUCUGCUUUUGGUAAACACACAUAUGUUCACAUAAGUUUAAUUUUUAGUACAUGGUUAAGGCCCCGUCCACACGUAUGUUGUUGAUAACCGGACGUUUCCCUACGUGGUUUGUAUCGGUCACUGAAACAUCACUUAAUAACUCUGAAACAUUACUUAGCGAACUCUUGCCAGUGUGGAGUGUCGUCAUGUAGCUGUUUUGAAUUGUUACGUUGUUUUCGCUGUUUUCUUUACACGUUUACUUGAUUCGUUAACCUUCUGGAACUUGUGCGGAAAAUCCAAUUGACGCGAAUUCCACAAGAUUACGACAAGCAUUCUGCAUCGCUUCACAAUGAGAUCAGCGUUGUGAUGGAGGGGCUGGGGCUUCAGGCUGUGGCUCUGAGCGACGGAUCCACUGCUUUUAUCCAGCAGAGCAUCAGCGAUGGGAGUCUAGUAGAAGGAAACACCAUUCAGCUGGAGGACGGGACGACCGCAUACAUUCAACACGUCAGCGUCCAGCAGAAAGAGUCAUUGGCGUUUGAGGAUGGUCAGGCCGUUCAGUUGGAGGACGGAACCACCGCCUUCAUCCACCACACGCCUAAAGAAGGGUUCGACCCUGGCGCAGUGGAGGCGGUUCAGCUGGAGGAUGGCAGCACCGCUUAUAUCCACCAUCAGCCAGGGGGCGCUGUGGAGAUGAGCGCAGACACCAUCGCCACGCUGGAGAACUACGCCAGCAAGCUGACGGGGUCAGAGGUCGAGGCCGACGACAACAUGGAGAAUGCGAAUGGAGCGGAGCAGACCAGCAUUCAGCUGAUGUUCGAGGGGAAGGUCUGGAGCUCAAGUAAAGUCCAGCAGGUCACAGACAGAAGUUUCCGCUGUGAACACCCGGGCUGUGGGCGAUACUACACCACCGCGCACCAUCUGAAGGUUCACGAGCGCUCACACACUGGGGACCGGCCGUACCGCUGCGAGGUGCACUCCUGCGGGAAAGCCUUCGCCACCGGCUAUGGCCUGAAAAGCCACCAGCGCACACACACCGGAGAGAAACCCUACAAAUGCCCUGAAGACAUGUGCUAUAAAGCAUUCAAGACCUCCGGGGACCUGCAGAAACACGUGCGCACACACACCGGCGAGAAGCCCUUUAAAUGUCCAUUUGAGGGCUGUGGACGCUCCUUCACCACCUCCAACAUCCGGAAGGUUCACACACGUACACACACUGGCGAAAGACCUUAUCUGUGCCCAGAGCCGUCCUGCGGUAGAGCGUUCGCCAGUGCCACCAACUACAAGAACCACAUGAGGAUACACACAGGUGAGAAGCCGUACCUGUGCACAGUCCCCGGCUGCGGGAAGAGUUUCACAGAAUAUUCCAGUCUUUAUAAGCAUCAUGUGGUCCACACACACUGUAAGCCGUACACCUGCAGCCACUGCGGGAAAACCUACAGACAGACGUCCACGCUGGCCAUGCACAAACGCACCGCACAUGGAGACUUCGACACCACAGAGGACGAUGCAGAGGUGUUGGACGGGUCGCCGCAGGAUGUCGGGCACAGCGAGCCUGAUGCUGACAUCGCCAUGGAAACCAACGACAUCAUCAGCUCACACCUGCAGGUCCUCGGCACCGCCGUCACCAUGGUUACCCAGGAUGGAUCCACCAUCUCUGUUCCUGCCCAGCAGAGCCACAGCGGCGGGCAGCAGGUCACCAUGCUUACAGAUGGCAAAGAGCUGCAGCCGGUUGCCAUAGUAACAUCAGACGGUAUCAUGACUGAAGUGAACUCGUCGGCAUACCAGCAGGUGGCACUGUUAGCCACGGAAAACGGCACGCAGAUCGCAGUACAGUUAGAAGAUCAACAGACGUUAGAGGAGGCAAUCACCAUGGCAACAGCAGCAAUCCAGCACAGUGGACUGACCUCAGAUCAGUGAUGGAUGAAAACACAGACUGGAUGAACAGCGUUUUAAUGUGUAGUGUGUGUGACGGAGAGUGUCUGGAGUUAUUUUGUACCUGCUUUGAGGCAGUAGGAUUAAAACAUGCUGAAAAUAAAGAUGUAUAUUUGUUAAUAAAGACACUUUAUGCAGUU